AAGAAAUCCUUGCAAGAAAUCCAAGAUGGCGGGUUUUUUAGCAUCAGUAUUGAAAAAUGUAUCUUCAAAGAUUUUAUCACGCAGCUUUUUGUCCACAGGUGAGAUAAAUUUUGCUAUUUGUACAUAUUGUUCUUGCAUUACGUGUCUUACAUAUAUUUCUUCGACUUCUUACUAUUUGGCAAACCAGUACAGUUCAAAUAUCUAUAAUUAUAUAAAAAAUCAAUUGUUCAAAUUUACACAUUCCUUACUUUAAUACGACGUAUUAUUCCGUACGACUCUCUUAAUUCUUAAACAUGUGUAUAUAUAUAUUUUCCCGAGGCCUGAAUGAAGACAUUGUGACAUUUUUUAGACUUUAAUCAUUGUGUAGACCAACAAAUUAACAUUAACCUUUUAAGUGGCAAAUAUGCACCUUACCAUUAUAUUUUACUCUGUUUCAUGCCAGACAAUUUUACUCGGCAUGGGUGGGCAAUGGUUCAAAUGCUUGCAUUACUCAGAUAGAAAUAUUGUUUCAACCUAGGUUUUGAGAGUCCACUCGGAACAAAUCUGGCUCAAAGAUGCAUCAGUACUUCCGUGGCGAGUAAUAAAUAUUAUGUGAAACCGAAUUACCUGAAGCGCUGGGCGAGACGUGAUCAGAAAAGAAGAGAAAUGUUUGCAGAAUACGAACAAAAGAGAGGUAGAUUACGUAUGCUAAGUAAGUGUGAUAUACUACCUUCGGCUGUACGCAAGCAAGCUGCAGCCGAGCUAGCCGAGUUACCUAAAGACAGUUCGAUAACGAGAGUUAGAAAUCGUUGUGUGCUUACUGAUAGAGGCAGAGGCGUGAUAGGCCGGUUUAGAAUUUCACGAAUCAUGUUCAAGUAUUACGCUGAGAAAGGGUUAAUACCUGGAGUGCAGAGAUCUCAAUGGUGAAAAACUGUUAAAUUACUAAAAAUAUUGGAGAUUUUAUAUAUAUAUAUAUAUAUAUAUAUAUCUAUAUUUAUAAGACUGUGUCGGCUGUUCAACAAGAAUAUUGUUAAAUAGUCGCAUAAAACAUUGAACAACUAGAUCCUUUUAAAAUGUUAAGAACUAUAAACUCUGGGGACUUAAAAUGUAAUGUAAUCCUGGAUCGUAAAUGUAAAGUUGCGGUUGAAUGAUAAGAGUUUCCCAUACCGCUCACAUUUGAAAAUUAUAUGUAUUGACACACAUAUAUAUGUUGAACAAAUAUGGUAGAAAGAUUCAAGAGAAUAGUGACACAAGGCAGUAUUGUAAUUUCUUGUACUGGAUCUAUUGUUUUGCAAAACAUUAAAUAUUUCCAACAAUUCACAGAUACCAUGCAUAGAAGCAAUUAAUUUUUAUAAAUUUAUUUAUUUUAUUUAAAAAAUGACAAACUAUGGAUUUUUAAUUUUAUUUAUGACUGUUGUUGCUCGCUGUUUUAUUGCAUCGUGGGAAUGAUUUGUGAGCGUCUCUAGGUUUUGUAGGAUCCCAGAAUCUUCAAGCUUGCUUUUUUCUACAAGACCUGCAAAAUAGAUUAAAAACCAAAA